AUGGCCAAAACUGUCAUUGCGUUUGAUCUCUACGGCACAUUAUUGUCGACCGAAUCGAUUGCAAAUGAGCUGGCCAGGAUCUAUGGCAAGGAUGAGGCUGAGAUAAUCGCCACCCAGGCAAGGCGAUACCAGCUCGAAUACACCUGGCGCAUUAAUAGCAUGGGCCUAUAUCGAUCAUUCUCCGAAUUGACCAGACACUCCUUUCGCCAGGCAACUGCAGAAAUCGGCCUGGAGCUUUCCAGGGACCAAGAGGAACGCAUCCUUGAUGCUUAUAACGGACUAGACACAUUCCCGGAUGCAGACAAGGGUCUCGCGCUUGUGUCGCAAACGCCUUCUCUUAAACCGUAUAUAUUUUCCAAUGGAACCAUGGCGAUGAUUACUUCUUCGCUCAAGACCUCGCCGUCGCUUUCCAAGUCUGGAACGACAUUCUCGGAGUCUAAUAUUGUUAGUGUCGAUCCCCUUGGCGUGUUCAAACCGGAUCCUCGGGCGUAUAGACACAUGGGUGAGAUAGCUGGUUUGACACAUCAGUUGGAGAAGGUCUGGCUUGUGAGUUCGAAUCCAUUUGAUGCUGCGGGUGCUAUUGCCGCCGGCCUGAGAAGCGUUUGGGUGAGCCGACAGGGAACUGGGUGGAUUGAUGGACUGGGCGGUGCACUUGGUGUCAGUCCAACGGCAGUGGUUGGGAGUGUUGAGGAGGCUGUGAGGGAGAUUAUCAAAUUGGACGGUUUGGACUAG